UUGACAUGUUCCAUGACAACGCGCCACACACGGUUGUUGGAAGUUCAUAACAUGGGUUAAAUUCUGCAUACAGUUCUGAUCUUGGCAAAACAUUCCCUUGGUCAAUCGUCGGCGAUGGCAGAACGAGCUCUGAUACCAAAUCCAGAAGAUGAAAUACCGUUUUCAAAUGCACCGAACGAUUUGCGGUUCCCUAAGGACAGUAAAUGGGCGUGGAUUGUCUGUGUAUGUUCUUGGAUGACUCAAGUCCUGAUUUUGGGUAUACUGCACGCAUUUGGGGUUUUCUUUGUUGAGUUCAUUGAAGACUUCAAGACAACAAAAGGAACGGCAGCAUGGGUAGGAUCUGUGGCCUAUGGUCUGUCCAUGGCGGUUGGACCCUUCGUCAGCAUGCUGGUCGAGAAAUUCGGCCGAAGACCAGUGAUGAUGGCCGGGGGAACACUAUGCGCCGUCGCCAUCUUGUCCUCCUCCUUCGUCACCUCCUUCUCCACCCUCUUCUUCUCUUUCUCCGUUAUCUAUGGCAUUGGAGCUGGCAUGGCAAUUACCCCGACCAUGACGAUCGGGCAAGAAUACUUUGACAAGUACGCCAGUAUCUCAGUGGGCAUCAUGACAGCCGGAAGCUCCACAGGAACUCUCAUCACAGCUCCUCUAGCCCAGGCACUGGUCAGGUCCAUCGGUUGGAGGAACACCUUCAGGUUCUUCUCGGGAACGUGUACCCUGACUGUCCUCUGCAACAUCCUCAUCCGGCCGAUUAAUGGGAGACAGAAGACGCCGAUCCAGAAAAUCCGAGCGUCCCCUUUGAGGAGGCUGAUGGAGGAACUGAAGCUAUGGAAGAACAGGGUGUUUGUUGUGUGGACCGCUGCAGUCACCUGUGUCAUGUUCGGGUAUUACAUACCCUAUGUCCAUCUUGUAUCCUACGCAGUAGACAACGGUAUCUCACAAGAACAGGGUUCCAUGUUGGUCAUGAUCCUGGGAGCAGUCACGGCAACCGGCAGGAUUCUGUUCGGCAAGAUCGUCCAAUAUGGCUUCCUCGACCGCGUGCACAUGCAUCAGCUUUCUAUGGUGAUAACUGGUGCGGGGACAAUGUUGCUGCCGCUGAUCACGUCGUUUGGAGGCCUGGCUGCCUACGUGAUCGUUAUCGGCCUCGUAGACGGUUGCUACGUCGUUCUGCUGCCGCUGUUGACGUGUUCACUGGUGGGCUCUGACAAGGCAGUUUUGGCGUGGGGCUUUCUGAUUGGAACCUCAUCUAUCACAUUCACAUUAGGACCACCCGUUGCAGGUUUCAUGUACGAUGCGUUCGGCAGCUACAACGUCGCCUUCCACGUUGCCGGCAUCCCAGUUCUGGCCGGAGCUCUAAUCCUGUUCCUCAUCCCCUGGGCGCAGCGAACAUCCCAGUCCUCCAACAUCAUCAAGGUGAUCAGCAUGGCUCAAGUGCAGGAUCAAGAGGAGGAAUCCAUAGUCGACUUCACCACCCUGUCGAAGUGUAGCUCGGUGUUCGACGUUGAAGACAGCCCCCCUGCUCAAGCGAACGCCGUGUCCCUCAACGACCUUGACCUUGAUGCUCUGUACUUCAGUGACAUCAACCAGGUGACAGUGGUGCCCAAGUCACCAGGAGGUCGGCGGGCUCUGAGGGAGGUGGACUUUGCCCUGUCGGCUCUCCAUAAGAGUGACCAAGUUUUGUCCAAGAUGCUCGGAGGGGGGCGUAAAGGUCAUGUGCAACGUCGAGAAAUUCCAUCACAAUCUACCACCAUGCGCUCUCCAAGUAGCUCUGCCGCAAAGGGAAGUUUCCGAAAGAGCGAUGUCAUCAACAUAACGUCAAGCUCCCCAUCCAACAGAAGGACCAAGGCUAAUUCCAGGGACAGCUCAGACAAGGCGGAGAAGCGUUUUGAUGACGUAGGGGUUCAAGCCGAUCUCAUCUCAGUGGACAGUCAAAGAGUGUCACCUGCAUACUCAAGAAGAUCUGGGGUUGGUUCGGGCGCAUCCAUCAACCCAUUUAAUCCAACUGCAAGCGUUCUCUACCAAGCUAUUCUAGCCCUGGAGCACCAACAGCAGCUUCAGAACGCAUCUAACACAAUGUCUGAAAGCGGCAGGGCUUCCAUGACGAGUGGAAACCAACCCACGACUCCGCUUUUGGAAGAGUUUGUGAUGGAACAGCUGGAGCGAUUAAGGGACACGCUGAGAAGCCCGUCCAGACCAAGUGAGGAGGGAUGCCCACAGUCAACAAGUAGCUGGAUGCAGAGCAUUUCCGGAGAACAUCAGGAUCAAGCUGGGAGAUCAUCUUACUUGUCUGCUACAUCGUCCUCAAGAGGAAGCAACCAGUACGCUGGUGGUAACAAAGGCCAACAUUCCAUCAGAACAGAAGGGACACAGACGUGUCAGACUGAUGAAGAGGGAAGAAAAAGACCAACAUGCGUUUUAUCCCCUCACCAACAACGAUCCGCGACAUCUGCACAGGGAUCCUCAACAAAUACCACAAAUCAAGGGUUACGACAAGGAACAAGUCCUGUGGAUAUCCCGAGUACAUCUGCUGUUCCGAACGAAGAUCUGGAGGUGUUUUCAAUGGAUCCUCUGAGUCCGUAUGGAACCCCACCAAAAGACAUUCCGCGGAUUCCACCUCCGCCGCCACCACAAUCCCAGGUGGCAGAAUCAAUAGGUGUGCUGACCAUUCCCCCCAUACCUGAACUCUCCCCGAACAAGAUAGUCAACACUGAAGGUGGGUGUAUAUUCACAAUGGACCCCUUUGCUCCAGCAGCUGGGCCUUUGGCUUCAUCGCAACUCUACCAAAGGGACAACAUUACCUCUUCGCCUGCAGGUAAACAACCACCGCGAAACCCUUCUUCUGAAACGUUGAAAGUUGGUGACGGCUUUUUCAAAAUGGACGACUACCAUGGACCCUCAGCUUGUGCGUCAAGAUUAGAAGAAUCAAAUGAUGAGUUCCCUACGUCACAGCUGGAUGAUACUCUUGACGCAGCCGCUGACAACACUGGGACUAUUCAAACUGGUCGCUUCACCGUUGACACCGUCACACUGUCAAAUGAUGAUAUAAACGACUUCAUCCCCACUCUGCCGCCUCCACCUUCUGUCACGAGACCAAUUUGCGGGUCGGCAAAUCAAGAGGACUUUCAAGUGUACAGUUCCCACGCUAACGGGUUGGAUCAGUCAUGCAGUAACGGUCAAUAUAAAACUAAUCUUGACCUAGACCUUCAGUCGUUGGACCAGCAGGCAGCAAAAGACAUCGUUCAAGAAACUUCGAACAGUGCUGACAUAAUGUUUGACCUUGACCCUUUGACUCUCCCUGGCGAAACGUCAGCGACCACUGAGGAUGUUGUAAUUAUCUCCCCUGAUGACGUAAUGUUCGAUAUGGACCACAUUGACGCACCAGCUGACGGAUUCGAUCCAAAUGAAAUCGGUGACAAUGAAAGAGGCCUGGCAGUAGACAUAGCCCUUCUUCAAGGGAGACAAUCUGGGGGAUUCAAUGUACAAAAUUAACCAACAUUGUGGUAUUCUCACUGUAGUCUACCUGUCUGUCUCCACUAGAUACAUACAGACGCACAGGAAUAUGUACCAACAUAAUUAGCAGAAUAUCGGCUAAAAGUGGAAUUCCACAUAAUGUUUCAUGUAAAAAGACAAAAGCUGAUAAUUUGUGGUCAAAAUCAGGUGAAAAGAUGAAGGUGGCCCAUAACGUCUCUGGUGUCGCAAUGCAUCGACAGAGUUAAUUCCCUUAGGUGUUCCAGAAACUUGUGAUCGUGGGUUCGUAACCCAGAUACGUUCUGAUUAUGUUUCUAAAUUUGUCUAAAUGAGUUUCGUUUUACGCCGCUUAUAGCAAUAUUCUAGCAAUAUCACUGCGGGAAACACCAGAAAUGGGCUUCACAUAUUGCACACAUACCAAACUCAAUCAUAUAACAAUAACAACAUUUUGAAAUGUAUAUCACCUAUUACCAUCAGUAGCCAUGGCUCGCUUGUAUCAAUGCCAAAAAUGCUAUAUAAGAUGUUAGAUCAGUGUAGGGUGAGAUUUAUGAUUUAAAAAAAAGUGAUGUGAUUGUCUUUUUCCUUU